AUGGCGGCGGUGUCGAUUGCGGCGACGGUCGUUCAGUCGUUCAGCGCUCAGGCGUCUGUCGUCUGUCGACUGUUGUCGCAUUUCGCACACGAGCGCGCCGCGCGACCCGCGUCGCUCCGCGAGGGCAUGAGCCUUCCGCGAUUCGAUCCCGCAGCCAAAAGCUGCUCGCUCGAACCGCGGCCGACUCUGCCAUCGCGGCUGCAGCUGUUGAGCGCUCCAGAAGACUGGUGCCUGAUAUGCUGCCUCCCUGCGGAUGCUGCCGGCGAGCCUGGCGGUCCGCUGGACUACAAGGAAGUGUUGACUCGAUGCCCCCCCGCAAUCUUCUACCCCCACGAAUCGGAACGCGAAUGUGACAGGACCAUCGGGUCCUUCGGCCACCAAAGCGAGAUCACCCGAGAGCAGCUGAGUCUGCCUCUGGGGGCCUCGCCUCCGUCUCCUUCAGGCAUUCGUGGCAUCCUAUGGGUCGUCCAGAGUAUCGACCUCUGGCGAGUCAGCCGCGGUCACUUGAUGACCCCCAUCAAGUACAGCGAUCGCCAUCUCGCUGGCCUCUCCGCAAGGCCCCCCGACCGCGUCGAACUCAACAGCGCGGGCUCUCUCGGCUACGGGACCACCCCUGUGUCAGUGUGCCUUGUGGUUGCGAGAGACUGCCAGUGA